AUGGCCGCUACCGCAACCGAAGUCCCCAAGAUGGACGAGCAGGUCGACCUCUCCACCAUCCCCAUCGACCCCAACGGCAAGGAGGAUGUUUCCGACAGCAAGGGUGGCGACGAUACCGUCACCGUCUUCCACGACAAGGACAACUUCAACGUCAAGCACCCUCUCCAGAACAAGUGGACUCUUUGGUUCACCAAGCCCCCGAGCGGCAAGGGCGACAACUGGAACGAUCUUCUGAAGGAGGUCAUCACCUUCGAUUCCGUUGAGGAGUUCUGGGGUGUCUACAACAACGUUUCCCCCGUCUCCGAGCUCGCCCUCAAGUCCGACUACCAUCUCUUCAAGGCCGGUGUCCGCCCCGAGUGGGAAGACCCCCAGAACAAGCACGGUGGCAAGUGGUCGUACCAGUACAAGGAGAAGCGCAACGUCGACGUGGACCGCCUUUGGCUCCAGGUCAUGAUGGCCGCUAUCGGCGAGACCCUUGAGAAGGACGAGGAAGAUGGUGAGGUCAUGGGUGUUGUUGUCAACGUCCGUAAGGCCUUUUUCCGAAUUGGUGUCUGGACUCGCACCAUUGGCAAGAGCAUUCCAGGCCGCGGCGAUGGCGAUGUCGCCGGUGGCAAGGGCCGCACCAGCGAGAAGGGUAAGGAUAUCUUGAUGUCUAUUGGCCGUCGGUUCAAGGAGGUUCUGGAGUUGCCCGCGACGGAGCAGGUUGAGUACUCUGGUCACACCGACAGUGCUCACUCUGGAAGUACGAGGGCCAAGGCCAAGCACGUUGUCUAA